ACACCAGAAGGCUGCAACGAUGCCGUGGGAACGACCUGCUUCCGUGCCAUAUCCGAAUGUUUGGUGGACCUUCGAAGCACCGGAUCCGGAUCGUGAGGAUGGUGCGUUGGCGACGUAUCGGGUGGAAGAUUUGACCGAGGAUCGUUUCGAGGAUGUGAAGCAACUGUACACCGAACACUUUCUGGAUGAUGAGCCCCUCUGUGCACAAAGUGGAAUCCGACAGGAUGCCGAGGCAUACGAGGAGAUUAUGAUGUUCUGGGGGCAUACCCUAACCCAGCGACUAACGAUCGUGUGCUACAAGGAAGGAUCGAAAGAGCUGGCCGGUGCUAACAUACUGACGAUAUCGUCGGCUGACGACAAGAAGGAGGACUAUAUGAAGCUGAUAAAAACAGAGAAGCUGAGGAAAAUAAUUGGAAUCAACGAUCACAUUAGCGAAUUGGCUGAAUUGUACAAGCGCUACGGUGUCGACAAGUAUCUGACCGCGUACGGUCUGAGCGUUAACACGCGCUUUCGUGGUCUAGGGAUAGCCACGGAAAUUCUCAAAGCACGUGUUCCCAUCUGCCGUGCCUUCGGAUUGAAGCUCACGAACACUACCUUUACGGCCAUUGGAUCGCAGAAAGCGGCGGCAAAGGCUGGUUUCAAAACAGAUGUUGAAAUGCCCUGUAAUGAAUUCGUCAAAGUCAACCCCAAAUACACGCUGGACGGCAUCAAGAGCAAAAGUCUGAAGUUGAUGAGUUUGGUCAUCGAUGAAGAACAAGUAACAAGUAACACGAACUGAGAUUUCAUUAGGACAUUUUUAGUCGAAGAAAUGUUGCUCAGUAAACGCUUUUAGUUGAUAUGGAGUAAAUAAAUCGUAAAGCGAUUGUAAUUAUUGAUUUUCCUUAUGGUGAUGUAUUGUAUGGCCAGUGACUCAUGAUUGUAUGACCGACAAAACACUUUGCGAUUACCUU